AUGGAGUACCGUCUCGCUCCCGGUCUCGUUGUACUCAACAAGAAGUAUUUCCCGAGGAACUCUCUGACCGCAGCCCAAGUCGGUGCCAGCUCUUUCACAUUUUCAGUCCUGCGUAUCUUACGGGAUGCAAGAAUAUUGUCCGGCAUAAUACUUUAUAGUCGAGACGAAAAUUUGGAAAUCGCUCAAUGUCAAGAAGAGGAAAGCUGGGAUGGCGUGCCUGUAGUGACCGUCUCAUUCAACUUCAGAAUGGAUAAGUCUACAGUCGCCCCAUCACUUGCGAAGGCUUUCCAACUUGCGCUAGCCCGGGGGUUGAAGACACGAUCUCCUAUAGUCUACUAUCAGACUGACACGCUUCUUCAAUAUCACCCUGAUGGAUUCCGUUUCUGCGUCACACACCAUGGGCCAUUCGUCUCCCACUUUACUGAAGAAUUCUCUCCAGAGCUUGCCAAGCUUGCCUUUGGCGGCGACUCGAACAAGGUCGCCGUUCUUGACCAACAACAACAGACAGGUGUCGAACGGCUCCUCCAAGAUGGGUUGGGCACCGUGCUGGCUCACUCUGGGCUUCAGCAACGGGUACUGCAAGAUGAAGGUUUACAAGCAUCGCGAUUCAAGCGCCUUCGCCCGCCUAUUGGAGUUCCGCCUUCCGAGAGCCCCGAUAUUCUACCGGAAAAUAUGAAAAACUUUAUUUACGAAGCCGAACUUUUGCUGUUCACAGCAGUGGCACGUCUUGAUUACUUCAAAAAUGUCGAGCUUCUUGUUCAAUCUGGGCUGGAACUCCUGAGGCGAGGGAUACCAGUCAGAAUAUUGGUCGUUGGAGACCCAGAUAAUGAUAGCUAUCGCCGCGAGGCUCUCAUGGAGUCUAUCCCACCAUUGCUUCGGUCAAAAUUCCUUAUUCUCCCGAGGCUUUCCAAGGAUCACCUGUAUGCUCUCUUUGCCUCUGCCCAGCACAAUGGUAUUUUCAUUUGCCCGUCGAGGUAUGAGACACUAGGGAUCACACCUCUCGAGGCUGCAGCUAGUGGAGUCACAACUCUUAUGGCAGGUACCAGGAAUGUGGAAGCGAUCUCUUACAUGCCAGCAUGCUGCCAUGUUGCCCAGGAUACGUCUAGCAUCGCCACACGCGUACAGAUGAUUUACGAGGACGGAAUACCAGUCUGGGCAGACAUGGUCAAGAACCAUGUUCGCCCUGCCACUUCCCUCGAAGGCUUCCGGGACGAUUUGCUCAGGGCUUGGAGAGAAAUGUCACGUUACAGCAAGACCAUGCCUGCACCGGUAGCCCAGAACACUCGCUACCGAUCAGACAAGAGGAAACCCAGUAUCCCCUCAUUGUAUCUAUCCGAUACUUUCAUGGAGAUGCUGAGGCUGGUCUCUGUCUGA